CCUCUACAGCUUUGCACCAUUUCUCUCGCUGCCUAUUGCUCCUUUUCCUGCUCACCUGAUAGAUUGCGCUGUUCAGCUUUCCCCAGCAAUGCAGCAUUCCAGUUCCCCCUGGCGACUGCCGCACCAGCCGUCGACCUCCGACUAUCAGAGGCCGCAGUAUAACCUCCAACAUACCAUGUCCAUGGUCAACCUACACGAAGAACCCACAUGGUACAACCGGGGACCCCCAUCCCCCACGGCCUCCUCUGUCUCCUCCACCACCAGUAGAAGUAACACUCCAACUACCUCCAAUAACCCUUGGUCCAGUCUGAUGACCAGCCCAAGCUCGACCACCUCAACCAAUUCCACCACUUCCACCUCAUCUUCCCCCAGAGAUAGUCCCAACCGCACCCCCCAGUACACCAGCAGAUCCACUACGCCCGUCGCCCCUCAACCUUUACGACCGAUCCACCCAGGAGCCGGUUUCAUCCCCAUGUCUCCGCCGCCAUCGUCGUCAACGGGUGAUUCUUUCAGAGGUAUGGAAUAUCCAGGUUCACCUGUUCCCAACUUCCCUGGGUCACCCAAUCCAUACCGACAGACCACGGCUUCCUUCCCACCGUUGGUCAAUGGAUUCAUCAACUCCUCCUUGAUAUCCCAGGGCCAAUCGCUCUCUGGAUGGUUCUAUGAGAUGUCACGUCGACAGGGGUGGGAACCAGCUCUGUUGAAGAAAGUGUGGCGCUGGACCCUCUCCAACCCGAGGCUUGCUUUACUCCUUGUGGUCUGUGACGACGUGGCUUCCUGGAGGCAAGCGGCCUUCUUCGACUUGAGAGACGAGAAUAUGCCUUUCCAUGAGGAACGUUUACAGGGAAUCGUUGCUGACGCCAGAAGAGUGGUGGACGAACAGUGGCGUGCAACAGCGAGAGAGCUGCCCCUGAACGGAGCUCACGUGGAUCUAGCCGCCCGCGAAACGCUUCCCUUGCAGCACAUCAGCCUCAUCCGGUCCGGUAACAGUCCCGAGAAGAGUGCUGACCAGGUGCGACUGUUGGGAAACAGCGACGAGCGUGUCCUUGUGCGGAAGCGCUUCGUCGUGACACGGCCCUCGCAAAAGGCCGCGCUGCUGAAGCAGAUUAAUGAGUUCAAGCAAUUCGACCACAAGAAUAUAGCAAAGCUGCUUUGCUCCUACUCUCAACCCAGUCACGUUGGGAUCAUCACCGCCAAGGCUCAGUACAGCCUAGAUGAUUACUUGUGUGCAACAGGAGUGGACGCAAACCGCUCGAAACAACUGCUGGACUGGAUGCGAGAUCUUGCGCAAGCAUUGGAAUAUCUGCAUUCGCAGUCCAUCAGCGUCGACGGCCGAAUACAAUCCAUAUGCCACCGUAGCCUCCGACCUCGCAAGAUCCUCAUUGACGGAACCCGGAUCUAUCUGGCCCCUUUUGGUAUCGGCAAUCAGAGUGACUCGUUUGGUCCCUCGGUGAAGAGUCCUCUACGUCACGAUCAGAUCCACUCCUACUUCCAAGACCAAUCUUACGUUUAUGCCGCGCCAGAAGCCAUCAUCUCUCGUGGCAAGCGUCCCGCCGAUGUCUUCUCUCUUGGCUGCAUUUUCCUGUCGAUGAUGACAGUCAUCCAGAACCAGCCUCUGGCCCUCUUCACGCAGUACAGGGCAGGGUCAUCGCAAGACGCGUCCUUCCAUGCUCACUUGGAUCGGGUUGGUAACUGGCGGAACCGGCUCCUGGCAACAGUCAACUCCGGACUGCGGAACGGGGUGAUCGGAUCAGGUCGAAAACAGCGACAGCUGAAGUCAGAAGCCGACUGGCUUCAGAUUAUACCGAAGAUGAUCGUGCCCGAACCCAAGGAUCGCCUGAAGAUGCGAAGCUUGGUCUCAAUUCUAGCAAAGCUGGGAGACGGGACGGCCACGGGUGGGCGCAGGCGAAGUCUCGAUGAGGGAGGUUUCAGCGGGAAGGUUGCGUCCGCUUUGGGUGUGGUGAAUGGGAAUGGGGUUAUGGUGACCGUCAACGGCGACGCGAUAAACGGCGUUACACAUGGAGCUGACAGCAAGAAGCCAGAGUUGAGCAUCUUCGAUGGGUAUUUUCAGCAGCAAGAGAGACGAUAUGAGCAGGCAUCAGGGUGGUGAUGGCAAGCACCUUUGACAAGGUGUAGGGAGGGCAGACGACAAUCCGAAUCCGAAUCACGGAGCAAUUAUGAUGGUGGGGACGACCCUUAAGAGGCGAAAUCGGUGCGGUAGGGCGCGAACCGCUUCGAAACAAGACCGCAGGGCUAGUCGUCAAGCACCCUCUGCCAGGGACACAGCGGAAAUAACGACGGAAUACGCACACCGAGGAUACGGCACCCACGAAGCGAAUCCAUCAAAGGAUGACGAAGGAAUUAUAGGAAAGGGCCCG